UGUACCAGUUCCGUUCACAAGUUGCUAUCGUUAUCAAUUAUCAAUCUGAUAAUAUGUUAAAAAUGAUAACUCAAACAAAACACCAUUCUUUUCCGAAGAUGAAAGAAAAAAUGCCUCCAUUCAAACGUAAGAAAUCGACGGUAAAAAAUUUUCCUGUCAAAGCGUGCACAUUAGAUGCCGAAUUAGAAUUUAACCUAGAGUUGAAGGCAACGGGCCGAGAUCUUUAUGACUUGGUUUGUCGUACUAUUGGGUUACGUGAAACGUGGUAUUUUGGUUUGCAAUAUGAAGAUUCUAAAGGGCACAUUGCAUGGCUGAAAUUGGAUAAAAAGGGUAUGCUCUCAGGGUUUGGUUUUAUUAAAUUAAAAUAUAAUUCUAUUUGGCAUUUAGUUCACGAUCAAGGAAUUCCUCAACAAACAACUAUGCCAUUUAUGUUUCUUGCUAAAUUUUAUCCUGAAGAAGUAGCUGAAGAACUUGUACAAGAAGUUACUCAACAUUUAUUUUUUUUACAAGUUAAUCGUGCCAUUUUAGCUAUGGAUAUUUACUGUCCUCCCGAAGCAUCAGUGUUGUUAGCAUCUUAUGCAGUUCAAGCAAAAUUUGGAGAUUAUGAUGAAGGAACCUAUAAACCAGGAAUGCUUGCCAGUGAAGAAUUAUUACCUCAAAGAGUAAUUGAUCAAUAUCAAAUGACAGCAGAAAUGUGGGAAGAACGGAUUAAAGUCUGGUAUGCUGACCAUCGAGGAAUGUCUAGAGAUGAGGCUGAAAUUGAAUACUUGAAAAUUGCUCAAGAUUUAGACAUGUAUGGUGUUAAUUAUUUUCCCAUUAGUAACAAAAAAGAUACAGACUUAUGGUUAGGAGUUACAUCUUUGGGAUUAAAUAUUUAUGAAAAAGAGAACAAAUUAACUCCAAAAACAACAUUCCAAUGGUCUGAAAUCAGACAUGUUAGUUUUGAUGAUAAAAAAUUUACCAUUAAACCUGUUGAUAAGACAUCACCAAAUUUUGUGUUUUAUUCACACAAAGUUCGAAUGAAUAAAUUGAUUUUAGAUCUAUGUAUAGGAAAUCAUGAUCUCUUUAUGAGAAGACGUAAACCAGAUUCGAUGGAAGUUCAACAAAUGAAAACGCAAGCAAAAGAAGAAAAAUCUAGACGACAAAUUGAACGUAAUAAAUUAGCACGAGAAAAACAACUUAGAGAAAUUGCUGAAAAAGAAAAGGCAAUUAUGGAACAACGGUUAAUGCAAUAUCAAGAAGAAAUCCGUUUAGCAAAUGAAGCAUUAAGGAGAUCUGAAGAGACUGCUGAUCUUUUAGCUGAAAAGUCUCGUGUAGCAGAAGAAGAAGCUAUGUUAUUGGGCCAAAAAGCUUCUGAAGCUGAACAUAAAAUUACACAAUUCCGUUUAACUGCACUUAAAACUGAAGAAGAAAAAGUUAGUCUUGAACGAAAAACACGAGAAGCUGAACAAUUAACUGCACGACUUGUAGAUGAAUCAGAAAGGCGAGCAGCUGAAGCAAAUAAACUUAAAGAAGAAUUGCUUAGAGCACGUGUAGCUGAAAAACAAGCGAAAGAAAAAUUACUAGAGUUCCUUUCUAGAAAUGCUUAUAUUAAUACUAGUGUUUCAAGUUUGUAUUCAGUGUCUAGUAAUUCAGUACUAGACGUUCCUGCUGAUCUGCAUGCAUUAAGAUUAAAUGCUAAUUCACCAACAUUGUCACUUACCCAUUCUCCUCCACCUGUCCUUGCAGAUCAUCAUUUACCAUCUUAUGAUUUUAUCGCUGAUAAUGAUAUGGAACAAUUAUCAUUAGAAAUAGAAAAAGAAAGAGUUCAGUAUUUAGAGAAAAGCAAACAUCUUCAGGAUCAAUUAAGAGACUUAAAAACUGAAAUAGAAGUACUUAAAGUUGAUGAAAAACAGUGCGAGUUAGAUAUGUUACACGAUGAACAAGUACGACUCGGAGAGAACAAAUAUUCUACACUAAAAAAAGUGAAAUGUGGAUCAACAAAAGCCCGUGUUGCAUAUUUUGAGGAGUUAUGACAAAUUGUAAU